UCUUUUAUUGCUUGAUGGAAUCUGUUUCCUAGUAUUUAAAAAAGUGGAGUCGACAAGCAGGUUCCUAUUCCUGACACUUGUGUGUCUAAAUUACACACUGGGUGCACAUUGAUCUCAGAUGUAAUCUUCAACUUUUGGGGAGUCCCUGACGGCCUCUUCUGCUUGGGUAACUAUGUCAAGCACACCAACCUUCUCACGCUAGAUAAAGACACACUCUCAGCUAACCCCCAUCGCCGCCCACGGAGUCUGCACGAAAUGGUAGCUCUGCCUGUCAGCGCUGACUGCUCCCACUGUCCGGUUCUGCGAGUGCCUGGCUUCGCAGGUGCCUGGUUCUACGCAUCCCUGGUACCGCCUUCUGCGUCUGUGCGCUUCCGCCCCGUUUUUUCUUCCUUCCGGUUUCUUCUCGCGUUAAGAGCCGCUUCCGGAGUCGCUGGGUCUCUGACCUUUACUGGGGUCAGUUCUCCGUAUUGAGGGAGGGAGCGGUGAGCCCGGGACUGUUGGGCAAGGGCCGAUGGGGGCGCCGUGUGCCCGGGAGUCUGUGCCCCGUCGGUCGGUGCCCGGUCGGGUGGAGGAGGUCCGUGGACCGGUGACGGCGGGAUGGGGACGUGUCCAUCAGCACGAGAGGUUACUGACUUAUUCAGAACCACAGUUUGUUAGUGGCGAAGACUGGAAGUUGUGUCUCCCGACUCCAGAGAGACUGCCUGCUUUUCCACACGAGGAAAGGCAAAUUACUUUUAAAAAGAUCCUUUUGAGAAACGGCAACCAGGACCAAGAAAUGAAAACAUAGACCUUUCAUUAAAGCAUUGCUUUUUAUCGUUUUCUGUGUAGUCAGUAAUCAAUGGUUUAGUAACAGUGGGGAAAUUGAUAAACAGUUUAAUCAGGAGUGUUUUUUUAAGUUUACUUAUUUUGGGGAGAGAGAGAGAAAGAGAGAGAACCCAGAAGAAGCAGAGAAAGAGGGAGAGAGAAUCCCAAGCCGGUUCAACACUGUCAGCGCAGAGCCUGAUGUGGGGCUCGCUCCAUCCCACCAUCCCUGAGAUCUUGACCUGAACAAGAAUCCAGGCUUAACUGACUGAGCCACCCAGGUGCCCCAGGUUGGGAGUAUUUUUUGUAGCAGUUUUGGUGAAGACUUAAUGUUACUUCACUGAGUAUAAUGUUUUAUUUAAACCUACUUUUUAAUUUAAAAAUUUUUUGUGAACAUCAAGAGAGCUUUAAACUGUUAAAAAUCCCCAGGAAGCAAAUAUUUACGUUUACCCAGUGAAAACAUUUAUGCCCAACAGCUACUACAUGAUUGUGUCAGAGUCCUGUUAGAUAGUUGUUCUUUGAGCAUCUGCUGCCCUUUCUGAAGGCGAAAGGCACUGGCGCUCUUCGUAUCUAUUGGGUUGUAUAGUUUUAUAGGGCAGGAGCAUUCAGGAGCCACCAGGCAGGCCAGCUCUUUUAGGACCUCAUUCCUCCUGUAACUCAGCACAGCACCAGAGUUGUCUACACUUUUCCAAGACAGCAGAAAAUGAACAAAUGCCAGAUGUAUCUCCAGACCCUGGAGCAUUGCUUCUCAGAGUGAGGAUCUUUGGCCAGAAAUGGCAGCGUCACCUCGAAACUUGUUUGACAUGCAGAUUGUGAUCCACCAUCCCAAACCUACUGGAAGAGAACUUCUGGAGGCCAGGCCCAGCAAUCUGUGUUUUUAGGGGAUGUCCAUGUGAUGGUUGAUAACACAUUAAGUUUAAGAAUCACUGGUCCAGUGUCCAGUGAUUAAUAUUUUUGAGUUACAGGAUAUUAGGAUUUCUCCUUUUUCUAGGUAAAUUGUUACUCAUCAGAAAACUGUGUCUGUCUUCUCCAGAUACUGAAGUUAUUUCUACUUCAAAUGGUUACAAACUUCACUGUUUAAUUUGUAUGUGUCUGAUUAUUGAGUUUGUGCAAAUUUCAUAAAUUUAUGGUAUAUAAGUGUUCAGUAAUACUAUAGUUUUCGGGUUGAAUUCUUGCAUACCUGUUGUUAGAAUUAUUUCUGUGCAUUUCAUGUUUUUUAAUAUACAUGUAUCCCCCCCCCCCCCCCCCCCCCCGCGAGAGAGAGCGGGAGCUGGGAGAGGGGGACAGGGAAAAUCUUAAGCCAACUCCACACUCAGGGUGUAGCCCGACAUGAGCAUGGAUCCCAUGUCCCUGGGGUAAUGACCACAGCAGAAAUCAAGAGUCUGGUGUUCAACUAAGCCACCCAGUAUUAUGUAUUAAAAUUUAAAUAUAUUUUUAUUUGCACUUUUAAAUUGCUUGUUGCUGCAUGUUAUUUUUUAUAUAUUGACCUUAUUUCCAACAAGUUUUCUACACUAAUUUAGUAUACUAUAAUGGUUUACCUCCCAAAUGUGUGGAUUUUUUUAUGUAUACACAUGUAUAAUCUGGGAAUAGUGACACUGUUAUCUACUUUUUCCUGUUUUUAUACCUUUUUUUUUCUUUAUUGCCUUCUUACGUCCUCAAAUAUAUAAUAUUAAAUAGAAGCAGAGUAAGGGGGAAGCUUUCCUUUCAGUAUGGAUUUUUGCUGUAUUUUUUUGCAUUUCUUGAUGACCUCAAGGAUAUGCAGUUCUGUUCCUCGUUAUGUAAAAUUUUUCUUUUUUUCAUGAGUGCCUAUUUAAUUUUAUUAAAUGGUUUUGGUCAUCUAUUGAAAUCAUGAUAUGGUUUGUCUCCAUUAUCUUAGUAAAUUACGUUAAAUGUAAUGUAAAAUUAAUACAUUAAUUUUAAAUAUAAAACUAAAGAGAUAUUUCUGAAAUAAACCUAACCUGGUUAUGAUAAUAUUUUGUUUUGGAAUUAUGUAUCUGUCAAUGAAAGAGAUUAACCAGUAAAGGUAUUUUUUGCUGGUAAGGGAUAUGUUCUUGUUUGGAUUUAGUAUUUAGUGUCAAAGAUAUUUUGAAUAUGUAACAAGAAUUCUUGAGUAUUUCCUCCUGCUUUCUCCCCAAAAUUGUGUUUUAUUUUGUUUCUACUUUUUUAGGUAUUCAUUGUAUGUAUUGCCAUCUUUACCUGGAGUUAGUUUAUUUCCCUCUCUUCUUUUCUUUCUUCGUUGUUAAGUAGGCUCUGCAGGAAAUAUGGGGCUCGAACUCAUCACCCUGGCUUACAACAUCCCAUAUUUUCCUUCUCCUCCCAGCCUCUGGCAAUCCCUAUUUUAUGCUGUGUUACUAUGAGAUAGGGAUUUUGUUUUUGUUUUUGUUUGUUUGUUUUUGAGAUACUACUUAUAUAUGGUAAGUUAUACUAUAUGGUAUUUCUUUUCCCUCUGACUUAUUUCAUUUAGCAUGGUGCCCUCAAGGUCUGUCCAUAUUGUCACAAAUGGGAGGAUUUCCUUUGUUUUUAUGGUUGAAUAGUAUUCCAUUGUGUGGGUGUGUCUAUAUAUAUGUAUUUAUAUAUAUACACACAUUCUCAUUACCCCAUUCCUCUGUUGAUGGAUACUUAGGCUGUGUCAUGCCUCAGCUAUUGUCCAUAGUACUGCAGUGAACAGGGGAUUACAGGUGUCUUUUGCAGUUUUCUUUCCAUCCCUUUUGGAUUUGUACCUAAAAUUGGGAUUGCUAGAUCAUCUGAUAGUUCCAUUUUUAAUUUUUUGAGGGACCGCCAUAGUGUUUUCCAAGGUGGCAGCACCAGUUUACAUUCUCACCAACAGUGAAUGAGGGUUCCCUUCACGCCACAUUCUUGCCAUUUGUUAUCUCUUGUCUUUUUGAUAAUAGCUAUUCUGAGAGGUGUGAAAGUGGUAUUUCAUUGAGGUUUCGAUUUGCAUUUCCUUGAUGAUUCAUGGUAUUGAGCACCAUUGCAUAUACGUAUUGGAUUGGCCGUUUGUAGGUCUUUGGAAAAAUGUCUGUUCAGGUCCUUUGUUCAUUUUAAUUGGAUUAUUUGCUUUUUGGUUUUUGUAUUGUAUGAGUUGUGUAUACAUUUUGGAUAUUAACGUCUUAUCAGAUACAUGAUUUGUGAAUAUCUUUUCCCAAUCUGUAGGUUACUUUUCAGUUUAUGGACUGUUUGCUGGGCAGAGCUCUUAAGUUCGAUGAAGGCUUGUUUGAGCUUUUGUUGCCUUGCUUUUGGCUCUUAUCCAAAGAAAACAUCAUCCUAAAGAACAAUAUUGAGCUUCUCCCCUAUGUUUUCUUCCAGGAAUUGUAUGGUAUCAGUUCUUAUGUUUAAGUCUGAUUCAUUUCAGGUUAAUUUGUAUGAGUGGUGGAAGAUAGGGGUAUAGUUUCAUUCUCUUGCAUGUAGGUGUCCCGUUAUCCCGCCACCUUUUACUGAAGAGACUAUCCCAUCCCCAUUGUGUGUUUUUGGCACUCUGUCAAAAAUCAGUCGACCAUACAUGCGUGGGUUUAUUGGGGGGUGUCUCUUCUGUUCCAUUUGACUGUAACUGUUUUUAUCACUGAAAUAAGUCUCCCUUUCACUGCAGUUGGUAUUCCCUGUAAUGUACCUUAAUUAGGCCUUCAUUCACUUCGUUCAUAAACCAUUUAUGAGUAGUUAGUACGUGUCCUAAGGUGUGCCAGCUGGUGAGGAUUCUAAGAAUGAGACAUCGCUCUUUAUAAGGAGAAACUCUUAGAACUGUGUAGGGCAUUAAAAGAAACUCACGUGAUUUUGACGUUACUGUAAGUCCUACGGUGGGGAUCCUGUUUUGUUUUCCUUAUGAUUUUUCAUUUCUGGUUAAAAAUGAAAAGACAAGAUUUUCAAGCCUAAAAUAACAUAAUUGUUUUUUGUAUUGGGUGACGUAACCCAUUUGUAUUUGUUCUUGUUAGGCUUUAGUCCCUCCAUCUGACAAUGUAUUUCUUCCCUAUGCUUUUUCUUGGUUGUGUGGGGCACCCCGAUUGAGUGGGAGCCGGCAGGGGGCACCAGUGAAGAAUUCACUCAAGACAGAACAGAGGAAAUAGAAGUUUACCGGAUAUCCUGCAAGGGAGCAGCUGGCAGGAUGGCAAAGGGGAGACCGUCUGCUACUAGGCGGUGGUGAGGGGCUGUAGUUCUCGAGUAGCUGUAACUUUUCCCCCUUUUUUGGUAAUCUUAGGCACUGUGCCUGCCGUGGGCAGCCCAUUGGUCAGUGAGGUCCUGUGGCUUAAGGAGCCUGUUCACGUCAGCUUGGUGGUCGUGGUCGUGGUCGCUGUGGGUCCUUUUGCCUUGCUCAAGCUUUGACUGCUCAAGCCUGUUGUAUACACAAGUGGUCUCUAGAGGUUGUUCGUUUGUAUUUUAUUGGAUUAUUUUGUUUUGUUUUUUCAACACUGCAUCAGUCAGCUUGUGUCGUAACAAAGGAUUCCUAAAUUUAUUUUUUGUUUGUGUCUGUGAUCUUAGGGGCUAAGGCGUGGCUCUGUUCCCUGUGCUGUGCAUUGUGGGGUCAAGGAUGAAGGAUGAUGUCUCUGAAAACUUCUCCCUGAAGUGACACAUUUCCCUUGUACUACUUUUCAUUGGACAAAGCAAGUCACGUGGCCCAGGUUCAUGUCAGGGGCAGGAUUUGUAAUGUACCCUUAGGGGCAGGCAGGGGGCCAGGACUUAAAGUUUAGUCCUUCUAGAGUGGUUCAGUAUUUAAGAUUUAUUCUAAUAUUAAUUAUCAUUUAAGUUUAAAUUGUGGUUAUAGUUUGUAAUUCUUUCAACAUAUAAAAGGACUUUUAUUAUUACUGCAAUUCGACCUUUACCUUCAGUCAUCUUCUGCUAUCCUGUAUUUUGUGGAAGCCCUCUGAAGUAUUUUGUUUUCCUUAAUGAAGAAUAUUUGUAAUACUGUUUUUCAAACAGUUUCACGGGGCACCUGGGUGGCUCAGUCGCUUUAGCAUCCUUCUCUUGAUUUCAGUCCAGGGCAUGAUCUCACGGUUCCUGGGAUGGAGUCCUGCUUGGGGCUCCACUCUCACAGCAUGGAGCCUGCUUGGGAUCCUCUCUGUCCCUUUCUGUCUGCCCCUCCCCUGCUCGUGCUCUCUCUUUCUCCCUCUCAAAAUAAAUAAAGAAACCUAAAAUAAUUUCUUGAAGCAGUUUCAUUAAAGGACAGAGCUGGUAUGUCAGGAAUGAUUUGGAAUCGAAUAUAUCUCUUGAUUGGUGAAUUCUGAUUAUGUGCCUGGAUAAUACUAUGUUAAGUAAGUUUUCUGGAUUAGCUAGUGCAAUCCUACAGCACCUUUAUGCUGUAGGUACUGAAAUUACAGAAGCGUAUAAGGAUUUACAUUCAGGAUCUACAUAGAAUAGUUCAUUUGCAGAAAAUGCAGUUUGAGAAGUGGACAGAUUUGAGAUCUCUUGACUCCUAGUUGACCGGAAGAUGCCUCUUCUGGCAAUUUGAUGCUUGAAAUGUGAGAACCGGAACUCACAUUACAAAUGAUACUGGAAGUGUUCUCAGUGGUUCCUGAGGUGCCUACUGGUUUUGAAAAUGACUCAGGAAGAUCUUUGUGUGCUGCUGAUUUUAUCAUCUUGCUCCACCUCACUUCUUCAUAGACUUGUCAUGUCUCAGUGUAUUCUCCCACUUCAGGUACUUAAGGAACCUCAGCCUUUAUACUCACGAUAUGUAGCUGCAUCAACAGGUAGAAACACGUUAUUUACAUAUAUUUUUUAACUUUUUUAUGUUUAUUUUUGAGAGAGAAACAAAGAACAUGGGUUGGGGAGGAGCAGGGAGAGAGGGAGAUACAGAAUCCCAAGCAGGCUUCGUGGUGUCCUUACAGAACAUGAUGCAGGGUUCAAACCCAUGAGCAGGGAGAUCAUGACCUGAGCCGAACUUAGCCACCCAGGCACCCUUCGGCUCUUACCUUUUAAGCUGGAGAAUAAAAAUUUGUAACAAAAUGUAUUGAUAGUAUACUUAUGUAAUUCAUAAAUAUCAAGUUUGGUAGUACUCAAAAGUGUUCUUUUUUUUUUUUAAUUUUUUUUAAUGUUUAUUCAUUUUUGAGAGACAGAUCAUGAGCAGGGAAGGGGCAGGGAGAGAGGGAGACACAGAAUCCGAAACAGGCUCCAGGCUUCGAACUGUCAGCAGAGUCCGACGCGGGGCUUGAACUCACGAAUGCGAGAUCAUGACCUGAGUCGAUGUCGGAAGCUCAACCUACUGAGUCACCCGGGCGCCCCAGUACUCCAAAUAUUCUUUAAGGUGGAAAGUGUUCACACAUUUUGAAGACUCCGUCUAAAUUUACUCUGUGAUCCAUUCCAUGAAUUCCUUUAUGGCCCUUCUUGUCAUCACAGAUCCGGGGUGGAUUCUCAUCUUUUCCUCCGCUAUUUGCCCUCUUCUCAUUUCGCGAAUGUGGUAGAGGAGCCCCGCCUUUCCUUGCACCUGGGACCAUGACCCUGUGUUCAUGAGAGUACAGGGUUCUUCUCCAACAGCCGUUCUUCAGUGAGGCCCCACAGAGAGCUAAUUUUGCUGCUCGUUUGUUUUAGUCUGUCUUUUUCAUACUUCACCUUAGCCAUUGUGACCUGUUACUGCAUGUUUUAUUAUCAGAAUAUGUGCUCCUUGAAUACAAGAACAGUUUUAUUAAUCUUAGCAUUUCUAAGAAUUGGAACAGUUCCAGAUACAUUGUGGGAUUUGGUGAUUUUUACAUUAAUAAUACCCUGAAGCAAUGGCAUAGUGUUUGUUAGAUUUCUCGUCUCCCCUCAAAGCCUAAAGCCAAACACACCUUCUGCAGACUAUUUUGGUAAUCAUGAGAAGGAUUGGUUCCCAUACAGCUUUUCCAUGUCACCCACUUCUGAACAUUUCAGACUGAACAGAAAUCCCAGGGAUCAGUAUCAUUUAAGGAUGUGACCGUGGGCUUCACCCAGGAGGAGUGGCACUGCUUGGACUCAAGUCAGAGGUCCCUGUACAGGGACGUGAUGCUGGAGAACUACAGCCACCUUGUCUCAGUGGGGUCCUGUGCUACCAAACCAGAGGUGAUCUUCAGGCUGGAGCAAGGAGAGGAGCCAUGGAUAUCGGAGGAAGAAUUCCCAAGCCAGAGCCUUCCAGAAGUCUGGGAAACUGAUCACAAGAAAGGAAGGAGGCAAGAAAACCAGCGUAAACCUAUGUGGGAAGUUGCAUUCAUCAGUAAGAAAACACUGACCAAGGAACGAGGUAAUGUAAUAGGAAAACCAUUUAACCUGGACACAAAUUCGUUUCCUUCCAGAGAAAGCCUCUGUCAGUGUGACUCAUAUGGAGUGAGUUUCAGCUGUAUUUCUGAAUUGUGUAUCAAUAAGAAAAGACGUUUGGGAAGAAAGACUGGUGAAUUUAGUGCCUAUGGAAAAUUGCUACUCAGUAUUAAACACGAGAAAACUCCUACUAGCGAGAAAAGUGAAUUUUUUAAACAUGGAGAAGCUUUGAGUCAGGUUGAGGACUCUGUUGAUAGUGAGAAGAUUCAAAGUGCAGAGCAAAAUUUUGAGUAUUACAUGUAUCAAGAAACCUUCCCCGAAAAGGCAACAUUGAGUACGUACAAGAGAGAGAUCACUGAAGAGAAUCACUCUGAAUGUAUUGAAUAUGGGAGAACCUUCUUUCCUAACUCCUCUUUCCUGUUACAUCACAUGAAUGCCUCCGAAGAGAAUCACUGUGGACUGCGUGGUUGUGGGAAAUCGUUAUGUGUGAAGUCUACCCUUUUGAAACCUCAUGGGGUACGUAUGAAACCCUCGGAGUGUAGUGAGAGUGGGGAUCAUUUCCGGGGGCAUUUAUGCCUUCCACAACUUCAGAAAACUCAUAAAGGAGAGAAACACUUUGAAUGCAAUGAAUGUGGGAAAGCGUUUUGGCAUAAGUCCCACCUCACUCGACAUCAGAGGAUACACACGGGAGAGAAACGCUUUCAGUGUGAUGAAUGUGGAAAAACUUUCUGGGAGAAGUCAGACCUCACGAAACAUCAGAGAUCACACACGGGGGAGAAGCCCUAUGUGUGCAACGAAUGUGGUAAAGCCUUCAGCCACAAGUCAGCCCUCACGAUACACCAGAGAAUACAUACAGGGGAGAAACCCUAUCAAUGUAGCGCAUGUGGGAAAACUUUUUACCAGAAGACAGACCUCACCAAACACCAAAGAACACACAUAGGGCUGAAACCCUAUGAAUGCUAUGAAUGUGGGAAAUCCUUUUGGAUCAAUUCACACCUUAUCCUACAUCAGAGAACUCAUACAGGGGAGAAACCAUUUGAAUGUCCUGACUGUGGGAAAUCUUUCUGUCGGAAGGCAUAUCUUACACAACAUCAGAAAACCCACGUAAAGGAUAAGCCCUACAAAUGUAAUGCAUGCGGGAAAAGUUUCUACCACAAGUCAGUACUCACCAGGCAUCAGAAAAUUCAUACAGAGUUGAAACCUUAUGAAUGUUGCGAAUGUGGGAAAACGUGUUUGAAGUCUGACCACAUGGUGCAUCAGAGAAACACAGGGGAGAAACCCUUUGUGUGUCCUGAAUGUGGGAAAUCCUUCAGCCGUAAAUCUACCCUCUCUCAACAUCACAGGACACAUACAGGGGAGAAACCGUUCGAGUGUCAUGAAUGUGGAAAAAUCUUCUAUAAUAAAUCGUCCCUAAGUAAACAUAGUAGGAUACACACAGGGGAGAAACCCUACGGAUGUAAUGAAUGUGGGAAAACUUUCUGCCAGAAGUCUCAGCUCACUUAUCACCAGAGAAUCCACAUAGGUGACAAACCUUACGAGUGUAACCAAUGUGGAAAGGCUUUCUGUUAUAAGUCAGCUCUAAUUGUGCACCAGAGAACUCAUACAAAAGAAAAGCCCUAUAAAUGUAAUGAAUGUGGGAAGUCUUUCUGUGUCAAGUCAGGACUUACUUUACAUCAGAGAAAACACACAGGGGAGAAACCCUACGAAUGUAAUGAAUGUGGAAAAUCUUUUGUCCAGAAGUCUAGGCUCACUCAGCACCAGAGAAUGCACAUAGGAGAGCAACCCUAUGAAUGUAAUGAAUGUCGAAGGGCUUUCUGUGAUAAAUCAGUUCUAAGUGUGCACCAGAGAACUCAUACAGAAGAAAAACCCUAUAAAUGUAAUGAAUGUGGGAAAUCUUUCUAUUUGAAGUCAGGACUUCAUAUACAUCAGAGAAAACACACAGGGGAAAAACCCUACAAAUGUAACCAAUGUGGGAAGUCCUUCAUUCAUAGAUCUUCUCUCACAGUGCAUUAUAGGGUUCACACAGGGGAGAAAUCUUGUCAGUGUAAUGAAUGUGGGAAAAUUUUUUACCGUAAAUCAAACCUUGUUAACCAUCAGAGGUCACACACAGGCGAGAAGCCCUAUGAAUGUAACACAUGUGGAAAACCCUUCUCUCAGAAGUCAAACCUCAUUGUACAUCAGAGAACACACACGCAAGAGAAACCUUAGGAUUGCAGUGGGUCUUAGGAAUGUUGAGGUGUGGUUUAGCAGUCGCUCCGCUUCAGAGAACUCACGUUGUAGAGGAAGCAAUGUUGAUGUCCUGAAUGUUGAAUAACUUUCGUCCUCAAACUGGCCUUAUUUUACCCCGAAGUAGACUGCAACACAUAAUGGACAGUCUUGUUAAGGAACAUUCCUUUGAAUGUCCCUAGCAAAUGCGGGCAUAGAACCUUGAAGUUGUUUUGAUUUUAUAAGAUUUGUUUUUAGCUAAAAUACAAAGUAGGUUAUGUUAAUUUCUAUUAAGGAGAAAUCUUUCAAUUUGAGACAAAGAGCUUGAAGAUUGUCUUUAGAGGUAAUAUAAUAUUGGAAGUUGUGUUUUGGUUUUGAUGCCUUAUUACUUUAGGCAACAUAAGAAGUUGUAAUUUUUAGAGGAAUAUUGUGCAGUGUACAACAAAAAAAUGUAAAAUGAAACAAUAAACUGAAAACAAGUAAUUAGUAGUAUGUAUUAGUAGUAAUAUGUAACAUGCUCACGUGCCCUUCCCUGAGCUUUAGCUAAAGAUAUCUUACAUGACCGUGGUAUAUUCUAGAGCAGAAAUAUGGACGAUACCCUAAUACUCACUUACAUUCACGUGUCAGUAGUUUUUAUAUGCACUAUGUGUAUGUGAAGUUUUAUGAAAUGUUCUUGCCUAUAGUUUAAGUAUCAGUAAACACCGGUUACAAAAUCAAAAGGGAAUCUGUAAUCUGUCCUAAUUGCAUUUGGAUUACAAAGCAAUCAGGAUUUCACCACAGGAAGUUCUGAUGUGUUAAUAACCGUAUCAUUUCGGCGACCUUAAUCUUGGCAGUUCAUGUGAAUAUGAAGCUUAUAAAAAGGAGAGAUAAAUUUAAUAAUUACGGCAACCCUGUUAAAUGAUUCUGUGAAGUGUCCCUUAAGUUUACAGGACUCCUGUAUCUUCAAAUGCUACCUUCUGUAACCUGUGUGUUUCAUAUUCCUAGUGGAAGUUGAUAUAAUUGGGAAUUGAAUAUAGACACUCCUAGUUCAGCAGUUGUUUCAGUAUCAGGCACACCUCCCAUGUAUGUAGCAACCUGGAGGAAUAUCUUGAAAGGAAGCCCAGAAAGCUAAUAGGUAACUAUUUAAAAUAUAUAAAUCGAAAUAACAAAAUGGUAAGUGUGUUCUGUGCAGAGGGAUAUCUAGUCUGUAAUCUCAUUUUCCCCUUUCAAGCCGUGGGGUUCCUUGAGUGUACAUAUGUGAAUCCUCCAGCCCUCAGCCUCAGUUGUACAAACCCCUGGAAGUAACUGCCCUCUAAGGCAAAGUUCAAAAUAGAAGCCACAGACAGACUAUAUGACACUUAGGGUCGUAAACUAGGCUGUAAAUUCAGGGGUCCAGUGUGCCCAGAAACAGAUCUGGGCCCUUGCAGAUUUUUGAUUAUAUGAGAGGGUAGGUUGAGACCGGAGCAAAGCCAGAGGAAGCUCAGAGUGAGGCUUUUAUGGACCGACAGAGAGUAAAGAUGAUAUAAUACAUUUCAAGCUCCGAUUUAAAAAUCAGGUUACACACAUUAAUUAUCUUAAAUUGCACAGGUAGUCUAAGCUUUCAUCUUCGGAAACUAGAAAAAGAAGAGUUCACUAAAUCCAAAAUGAGCAAAACAAAUACUAAGAAUUAGAGCAGAAAUCAGUGAGAUGUUUGAAAAGAGAACCAAUAAACCAAAAGGUAGUUAUUUGAAAAGGUCAAUAAAACUGAUAAACCUUCAGCUAGGUUAACUAAGAAAAAGAGUAGAUACAAGUCGCCAAUAUGAGAAGUGAAAGAGAGACAUAACAACUGAUUACAUGGACGUUAGAGGAUAGUAAUGUUACAGACAACUCUGCCCACAAAUUUCAUAACCUAGAUCUAUUCCUUGAGAGACACAAUCUGCCUAAACUCAAAGAAUUAUACAUUUGUAUAGGCAAAUAUCUAUUAAAGAAACUGAGUUCAUCCUUAAUCUUCCAAAUCAGAAAGUUCAGGCCCAGAUGUGUUCACUGGUGACUUCUAGCAAACACUUAAGGAAGGAAGAAAUGAUACCAGUUCUCUACAACCUCUUCCAAAAAGGAGGAGUAGAAGAAACCCUUCCUAACUCAUUCUGUGAUGCUUGUUAUAGUAGCAAAAGCAGGCAGAGACAUUAUAGGAGAGGAAAGUAACGGGUGCCUGGCUGGCUGAGUCAGUAGAACACGCGACUCUUAAUCUCGGGUCCUGAGGUCGAACCCUAGGUUGGGUGUGAUUACUUUAAUAAAAUUCUGAAAAGGGAAGCUAGAUGCCUGUAUGUCUCGGAACAUAGAUGCUGAGAUCCUCAAUAAAUCAUCACCAAGUUGAUUCCCACAAUAUAUAAUUACGGGCCAUGACCAUGUGGGAUUUAUUCCAGGGGUGCUGUGCUGGUUCAGCAUUUGAUAGGUAGUCUCCUGUCACAUCAAGAGGCAAAAGAAGAAAUAAUCAUAUGAUCUUAUCAAUAGGUGCAGAAGAGCCUUUCGCAAAACGUUAACCCACAUCCACAAUAAGAAAUCUCAGCAGGCUGGGAGUAUGGGGAACAUUAACUUGGUACAGAACAUCUCCAACAGUCCUACAGCUAACGUUGUACUUUGAUGGUGAGAAACUAGAUGCUUUCCCAGUGAGAAGAGGAGAGCAAAGAGGUCCCUGUCCCUGCUCUUUCAUCCUCCUUCUGGAAGUCCUCGCCGACAGAGCAAGACCAGAGAAGGAGAGAGACUUGGACUGGGAAGGAGGAGAGAAAACUGUGUACAGUCACACAUAACAUGAUUGCCCAUGUAGGGAAUUUCCAGGAGUCGACAAUAAAACGCGCUGACGCGAGUUAACGAGGUUUUAGGAUACGGUGAUUGGGUGGGUGGUAAAAAGAAAUGAGCCGUUCGGUAACAGGAGACAUGCAGGAGCCUUUACGUGCGUAUUGUUGAAUGAGACAAGCCAAUCCGAAAGGCUUUCCACCUUACGUUACCAGUUACAGUGCGUUCUGGCAAGGCACGUGGGGAGACAGUAAAAGGAUCGGUGGUCGCCAGAGGAUUGAGGCAGGGGAGGGAAGGCUGAAUAGGUGGAUUAUGGAGGACUUUUAGGACGGUGGGAGUAUGCUGUAGGAUAUUGUAACGGUAGAUGGCGUGCGGAUCCUUUGCCAGUGCCCAAAAAUGUAACAAAGGGUAAGCCCUGAUGUAAACUGUGGUCUUCAGGUAGUACUCCUGUAUCAGCAUUGACUCAUCAGUUGUAACAAAUGGACCACACUACUGCAAGAUAUGAAUGAUGGGGGGCUGCAGAGGGGUAGGAGUGAAGGGGUGUGUAGGAACUCGACUUUCUGCUCCAUGUGUCUGUAACUCUACGACUACUCUAAAAUGUAAAGUGUGUGAAAGAAAUGAACCAUCCUGUCUGCCUAUAGCAAUAUACAGGAAUCUCCGAGGGUGUUUCUUCUAUAAUUACGAAGUUAGAAACACAGUAUUCAGUACCACUUUUCCCAUGGUGGGAGGCAGAAUGCAUUCUCAGAAAUCAUAUGCUGACCAUCACUAAAGCCUAUUUUCAGCUGUAGCUUCCUGUUGUUAUAAGCCUGCUUGUCUUUUCUGCAAGUAUCGUAAAUUUCUCACCUCUCUUCAUAACACCUUGUUUCUGUACUAAGUUUCCCUUGGUCCUGUGUUCCUGCACUACAAAUAUAAUGGCCACUGAUGAACAUUUGAGCUGUGUCUAUAGUCUUCAGAAUAUUUCUAAUUACAGCAACUGUGGUCUGAAGUUAAGGCCUAGUGUCCUAGACUCUUGACAUCUGAAACCAACAUGGAGUGAACCCUCCGAGCAGCAGGCAGUUAACACAGUGGGCAUCACUAAGAGGAUGGUCCAUCUAAGACCCGGGUCACCACGUAAGACCCAGUUCAUCCAGUUGUCAUUAAGUGAUUGUUGUUGACUAACGAGGUCUGAGAUAGGACAAAGGCCACCCGGGACCGAGCUACCGGUUGCUGGCAGACAGCCUCUUGCUGUGGACUGUGCUGCCUGUUUUGGGUGUCACUGUUUCCUCCCCUGUCAACAAGCUCUUGGCCCUAAGAAUUGUUAAUUGGCUGUACCCCAGGUGCCUGGGCUCCGGGUUCAGUCAGUUUGGCUGGUGUCGUGAGACGCUCCGCCUGUCGAGGCAGUGACGACACCGCACUUUAACUGGUGAGCAUUUGAGCCCCAGCUACCCAGGGUCGAGGGUCUGGCUGGUACUCUCCGGUUACUGUGUACCGUGUGCUGGCCGUCCCCGGCUGUUCAGGGUAGCCACGCUUACCAGUUUUUGUCAUUGUGCCCCAGCGGGGAGGGCAUGCAGAUGGCCCUUGGUGAAAGUUUGGAAAGCUGGGCUGCCCUGGCCCCGGGAGCAUGAAGCGUGCACGGCCCUCGGUGUGUGAUGAGCUGUUGUUCACGUGCGGGCAGCGGCCGUCCCCAUCUCUUGCUGCUCCUUCCCCUGCUGCCAUUGCACACACGCCUCACGCCCGAGGGUGCCGAGGUGCACACCUGUGGUGUCCUGUGGCCCGGAGGCUGAUGAGAAACAAAAGGGGACGUCUUCCAAAUUGCCAGAGGAAGGACCUCAACUGCGCUAAUGCAGAACCCUCAGCCAGUGAACCUGGGGUUGGCGAGGCACUGGGGUUUUUUUCAGUACACCAAAGGACUAACCUUGGAGUCCUGGGGCUUGAUGGCCUUGACCCUUGCCAUGCCAGAAUGACCUUAUUGUUUGUGAACCGUGACCCCAGAGAGAUUGGCUGGCAUUCCCUGGAGGAAGCGGCAGCUGCCUGUGAGGCGGACUGCCGGGCUGUGGUCCUUUCCCUUGUAACCACCCAGGCCCCCGCCACAGGUGUCAGGAUGGAGACAAAAACUGAAAGCUGUCACUUCACAUGGCUAGAAACCCAAAAUACUGUGAGGGAAUUUGUAGAGAGAGAAAUGAGAGAGAAGAAACCUGCACUGUUGCAAAAAGGCAGCCCUACAGAAGACAUUGGGUCAACGGCCGGGUUAUGGGCCACGCUUGCUCCUUGCAGCUGUGCUCUGCUGCCUCUGUUGAGAAAAAUUCUCAUCCUGCUGCUCAGAGGGGAAAGCACUCACCCUGUGCCACAGCAAAGGGGAUCAUUGGAAUGCAGCGUAAGCCCAGGAUCCUUAAUCCGUGUGAAGCAAUGUGACCUUUGCCAUAGAGUGGGCCCUUGAGCCCGUAGAUCCUCCUUGGAGGCUCUCUGGAGAAGGCAACUUGUACGUGCGAUCAGAGUAAAUAGAAAAGCCCCUGACGUAUAUUGAGUGACAACAAAAAGGAAAGAAUUGGCAAGAAAGAAUGAGGGGUGGGAGGAACUUAGGUACAGGAAAAGGAAACAACGAAAUGACAGAAAUGAAGGUGCACAGAUUGCCCCAGCUGGGAGUCCAGACUAUACGAAGAUAACUUAUGCAACAGAAGAUCAAAGGACACUAACUGGCUUUUGUACCUUCGCUAGAUCGUUUGUGAAAUGACUUAAAUAUCUGCUGAAACGCACCGUUGACAAAUUGUCAUGACCUUGCACAAGGCUUGAAUUACAGCUGUAUUUGGGCCUUCGGCUAAAUUUGAUCAUGUCAUUCCCUAAAAUCUUAGAGGAGUUACUGACUACAAAAUGGAGUGCGGGUGACUGUUUCCUCACAACUUAUAUGUUGAACUCCAGUCCUCAGGGUGAUGGUCUCUGGAGGUGGGGGGCCUUUGGGAUGUGAUGAGGUUUUGGGGGUAGAGCUCUCAUGAAUGGGAGUAAAGCCCUCACAAGUGUUGAGCGAACACCUUUGGCUUUUGCACAAGUGACGACAGAGCAAAAGGACAGCUAUCUGUGAACCAGGAGGCAGGCCCUCCCCACGUGCUGAUACCGCUGGCCCCUUCAUCUGUCUUGGACUUGAGGGCCUCCAGAACUGUGAGAAAUAAAUUUGUGUUGUUUGUAAGCCAC